AUGAGUCAACAUGGCUUGGUUAGUGAGAGUGUGGUGUCAGAACUGAGUUUAGAACUUGUUUCAUAUGCGCUGAGAGGCAACAGUCAGAAGAAAGAGAUCAAUUUUUGUAGGAACAAAGAGGUUGAUACUGAAUUUGGCUCCAAAGGCAUCGAGAGACUGGGUCUCCUUGUAGGUUUACGCUCGGCUGAGCGUUUAUUAUAUCGAGAAGCAACAUUUGGGGGUUCGACCCCCAAUGACGUAGCUCGUUUUGUGGGUCAGCACCUGUGGAAGACCGUGUUUGGAAAGAAGGUUGACAGAAUGAAGCAUAUGGACAAAAUUUAUUUUUGCUUAAUCGACAACAAUUUUCGCUGGCUUCAAGGAUUUUCGGAUGCAAAGUCGGACCAAAUCGUUUCUGCAGUUGAUGGGUACCCGUAUGACUCUUCAGAAAAGUAUUGUGGGGGUGAUGGACCCACCGAUCAAGGAAAGGAGAGUGGGAGUGUUUUGCCCCCCGACAGUGAUGUGUUGAGGUAUGCGGUUAGUAUCUUGCGGGGGUUUGUUCAAGUAAUGUACCCCAGUGGGCCCAUCAAAAUUCAAGCAAGCCGGAAUGAGAAAGGCGAAACCCAAUUUGUUCUUGAUUUCAGAUCCGUUGCCACAUGA